AGCAUCAUUGAGAAGGCAAGAGAACUACAAAGUUGUAGUCAUUAUUAAAUUUGAUGGGCCAGCAGUAAGAUAUGUAAUUGGUGGUUCAUAGUUCUCCAAUGGGAAUUUUCUUUAAGCUUGUGGCUGUGGUGUGUUCCUUGUGUUGAUGCCACCAUAUAUUUAUCUUUUUAGAUUAUUAUAUAUAUAUAUUAUAUCCUAUAAUAGAUCAUGGUGCUCUUCCUGGUCUGAUAUUCAAAACCACCAGCCAAUAAGAAAAAUAAUCCUAGUACAAACUUACUAUCUUCCAUUAUCAUUAUCAAUUUGUUUACUAAUCUUUUCAAACUGCAUUUUUUCAACCUUCACCAACAUCCACAAAAAUAUAUUUAACAUAAAAGGAUAAAGAAUAUUACUCUCUUUUUUAUUUUACAUGUGAUAUUCGUUUUGUCACCCGACUAAUUUUAAUUUGUACUAAAUAAAAUCUUUUUAUAAUUAGGACGUUACAACGAGUAGUUAAGGGUGGAAGAAUCCAUCAAUAUUAUUAUUGGUGGGGAUAAAAAUAUUGUUUGUCAAUAUAUAAGAGCUGGUGACUUGUAUCCUGCAUUGUUUCAAACUACUAUAGUAUCAUUCAACUUUGCUCUUGUAGCCUGUGACUUAAAUACAGUUCCAGUCUUUGGGGGUUAUUUGUCUAAAUAGAACUUGAUUUCUUGAUAAAAGAGUUACUCAUAAAUAGUACAUAGUAAUAUAUAUGAGCCUUUAUAUUAUGUUAUUAUUGGGUGAUUGGUGGUAGAAAUGAAUUAUGCGGACACUUUGUGACGUUUGUGAGAGUGCUGCAGCCAUUCUUUUCUGCGCAGCAGAUGAGGCUGCUCUUUGUCGUGCCUGCGAUGAAAAGGUUCAUAUGUGUAACAAGCUUGCUAGUAGGCAUGUGAGGGUUGGACUUGCUAAGCCCAAUGAUGUUCCUCAUUGCGACAUAUGUGAAAAUUCACCUGCGUUCUUUUACUGUGAGGUUGAUGGAAGUUCUCUUUGUCUGCAAUGUGAUAUGAUGGUACAUGUAGGAGGUAAACGAACACACAGUAGAUAUCUCCUGUUGAGGCAGAAGGUUGAGUUUCCAGGAGAUAAAGCAGGGCCUACAGAGGAAUUAGCCAGGAAGACGUUAGAUCCUGGUGAAAACAAGAGAGAAUAUAGUCACUCACCAAAGCCAAUGGUUGAAAACAAUCACCAAAAUCAAAGGGUCUCUCCAGUCCUAGUUUCAGAUGGGAGUGCAGACGGGCAUGGCAAGAAGGACAAAAUGAUCGACUUGAAUGUGAAGCCAAGUCGUUUUCAUGGUCAUGCAUCUAAUCAGGAGUAACUUCUUCAAGGAUUGUUCCAGUCAGAUACUUUAUGAGCAAAUGUUAGUGAGGCGUUAAGUAGACCUCAUGUGGAAUGUAUGUUCUGCCUUUGUGAAUAUGGUAGAAGGUUCGACAAUGUUAUUGAUGAAGCUAAGUAGCCCAGAUUAGUAAUUGAACAACAAUUGGCAACUAGUCUAAGAUAAAGCGCAGUUCUAAAUGCUUAUGGUAGUUUUAUGCCAAACUUAUGAUCAGUUUUUGUUAUAGUAUUAGUUGUGCUGUUAAGACAGCAUAUAGAAAUUGUCUGCUAAAAGUAUGUAACUGAAGUUUAAGAUGAUUUUGGUAGCAGUUACUGUAUCUUGAAAUUUAAGGUCAUUUUUUGGGUGUA